GGCCUGCUCAUUACAAAGAGUUCCUGCCACUAGGUAGCGCUGCUAGGGCGCCAUUUGGACUUAAGGCUGCUUCGGAGCCGCGCCGCGGCGCGUCGACGGAUAAGCCUAGACUACGCGCAACUGGUGGCGGGAUCCUCCUCCUCCGAGAGGGGUCCUUCCCACCUCGCAUGCCGGAGGCAGAAGCAGCAGUGGCUUUUUCCGUCCAAGCACCAAGGCCGAGAGGACGAAGUUGGGAGCAGCAGACCUCUGGGGGCAACGGCGCUACCGCCGCCGCCGCUGCUGCUGCGAAACAUGCGGGCGUCUCCCCAGUUGCCUGGCUGUGGGCGCCAGACGAAAGGCGGGCAGCAGCCGAAGCGGCGCGUGUGAGCGAGCGGGGAGCUCCUCUCCUCUCACAAGGAUGCUGGGGGACGAUGCCUCGUGGCAGGGAGGACGAGAUUUGCCGGAAAGCGCUGAAACUGCUGGUCGAGCUCUGCUCCGAGGGGACGGUCGAGAACGACAGGUGCCUGGAGUUCAACUACUACCUGCGGGACAGCGGCAGACCCCGGCCCGCCGACGCAGAUAUCACAGUAAGUUUGCUGUCCUUGGUGGUCACCGCAUGUGGACUUGCUUUGUUUGGGGUAUCUCUGUUUGUGUCCUGGAAGCUUUGUUGGGUUCCAUGGCGAGAACGUGGCCUGCUAGGCAGCAAAGACAAGCAGGAAUCCUUGAACUACACAGAUACAGAGGCCAAUGACCAAGAAUAUAGCGAGGAAUUCCUGGGACAGCCGACUUCCUACCCUGACUCUUCCAUGAAAAUAAGCCACACUUCUCCAGACAUUCCACUGGACGCUAAGGCAGGGACCAAGGAGAACUGCAUGCACAAUGUUCGGAUGCAUCGACAAAUCACAGAGCCAACGUCUUCUGCUCGGCACAAUUCAAUACGAAGACAGCUCAAUCUCUCAAAUCCUGACUUCAACAUCCAACAGAUCCAGAAGCAGGAGCAGCUGACGGGCAUUGGACGCAUCAAGCCAGAGUUGUAUAAGCAAAGAUCAGUAGACACGGAUGAUGGUCGGAGAAAUAAUAGCAAGUCUUACGGGAAGCUCAAUUUUAUUGUAAAAUAUGAUUGUGAUUUAGAACAACUUAUAGUGAAAAUUCACAAAGCUGUCAGCCUGCCAGCGAAGGAUUUUUCUGGGACCUCAGACCCUUAUGUCAAGAUCUACUUACUUCCAGAUAGGAAAACAAAACACCAGACUAAAGUACAUAGAAAAACUCUUAACCCAGUAUUUGAUGAAGUUUUUUUAUUUCCUGUUCCUUACAAAGAUUUGAGUUCAAGAAAACUUCAUUUUUCUGUCUAUGACUUUGACCGCUUCUCCAGGCAUGACUUGAUUGGCCAAGUGAUAGUGGAUAAUUUUUUAGAGUUAUCCGACUUUCCUAGGGAAUGUAAUAUUUGGAAGGAUAUUGAAUAUGUCACAAAUGACAAGGUGGAUCUUGGCGAGUUGAUGUUUUCGCUUUGCUAUCUUCCAACAGCUGGCAGGCUAACCAUAACUAUAAUAAAAGCAAGAAAUUUAAAAGCAAUGGACAUAACAGGAGCAUCAGAUCCAUAUGUGAAGGUGUCACUAAUGUGUGAAGGGAGACGAUUGAAGAAAAGGAAGACUUCUAUCAAGCGGAACACCCUCAAUCCUGUUUACAAUGAAGCCAUAGUCUUUGAUGUCCCUCCAGAAAGCAUUGAUCAGAUUCACUUGUCUAUAGCCGUUAUGGAUUAUGACCGUGUAGGUCACAAUGAAGUAAUUGGAGUCUGUCAAGUAGGCAAUGAAGCAGAAAGUCUUGGGCGAGACCAUUGGAAUGAAAUGCUCUCAUACCCUCGAAAACCCAUUGCACGCUGGUAUCCACUUGCAGAGGGCCCUAUUGAGCACAAAUGUUCUGCAGGCCUUCUGCACAUUGAUGGCUGCCGAAGAGGCUUCUUCACUCUUUUAACCUAUUCAGCAGAAAUUUGGCAUUCCUGUUGAACCCUUUCUUAGCCAGUUUCUCAGGGGCCAUUCUGCACAGAGUCCAAAAGGGGCUAAGGCUUCCCCUUAAUUCCAUUGUUUGGCACUAACUUUUUCCCCAACCCCAGGAUUUAUAAAUCCCAACCCAUAGAAUGCAAAACUUUUAUUAAUUACAAAGAUAUCUUUGCUCCUGAAGUUUUGUACAGUUUUCAUUCUAACAUAGUUACCCGUGUCUAUCAGGAACAUGCUUCUAUUGUUACUGAUGGGCUUUCAAGUAAAUUAUGUAAUAAGUCACAUUGUCUUAGUCAACAAGAUAAUCCAUUUUGAUAUACAUUUGGAAAUUUAUCAAAAUCCUAUUUUUAUUAUGGUUAUUAUCAUAAAUAUGAUCUUGCUGCAUCCCACUUUCCAUUUCUUUAGAUGUCAUACCAUUGAUAAACAGCUCUUCAAAUUUAUGGUCUAUGAAUUACCAUGCAAUAAAUGAUCUAGAAGUUUCCACAAACUGAACUCUAGCUCCAUUCAACAAUCAGAAUGAACUGCCUACCCGUAGGCACACAAAAAAUUCAGAAAAUAAUACUCGAUUUAUAACAUUUCCUUUGCGUCAAGCUUGAAAUGUCCUUGUAGCUGUCUUGGUAGCAGCAUGGAUAGUUAUAAUUAUAUUGUAAUUUAUAUACAAUACAAAAUUAUAAUUAAUUGUAACAAUUGUUAGGGGAGGUUGCAUGGUCAGCCAGAUGUUUAGAGCAAAGGAAGGAGUAUUUUUCUAGACACUUUUCUGGUUAUUUUUCCCCAUUGAAAAAUUGGGAAUAAGAGUUUAUAGUCAUAAACAUAUUUAAUAUUGCAUCCUAAAAGCACCCCCUAAAAUCUAUAGAAAGAGAAGCCUUUCUCCAGUAUCAUUAAAGUUUUUAUCUUGAAGCCGAAGGGUGCAUUUCUGCCAUCUUUCCCAAAGCGAAGGAAGGAUUUGAUCCCUUCUUUACAUGUUGCCUUUCUUGUUCACUUUUAUAGAGUUUGGGACCUCUGGCCCUUUCCUUCUACUGAUCUUGAUUUUGUAGGGAAAAUAAUGGAGUGAGCAGCAAAUCAAUUUAUUUUUCUAGAUAUAGAAACUACAAGCUGAUUAUCUGGCCUCUUAAAAUUCCCUUUGCCCCUCCUAUUUUUUUUUCUAUUUACAUAGUACUGUGUUUCCUCAAAAGUAAGGCCUACCAGAAAAAUAAGCUCUAGCUUGAUUUUUGGGGGUGGGCCUAAUAUAAGCCCUACCCCAAAAAUAAGCCCUAGCUUUGGGGCAAGGCACAUAUCUAAAAAAUCAAGCUGAGGUGGGGGUGUGGAGCUGCCCCACACACCCCACACCCACUUACCUGGCAGCCAGGCCUCUCCUUGCCUCCCCCCCACUUCUUCUGCAGCAUCUUCUGCAGCCAGGCCUGCAUUUCUCAUUCACAGGCGUUUCCAGAAAGCCAUUGCAGCCAGGAAUCCAUUGCUCGGUGCUACAAGAGCUAUGCAGCUGAGAACCGAGCUAUGGAUUCAAUCCAUAGCUCAGUACUCAGCUGCAGAGGUCGUCCGGAAAGGCCUGAUUGAGAAAUGCAGGCCGGAAUGCAGCUGCAGUAUGAAGCUGCUCCUUUGGCCCCAGAAGAAGUGGACCGGCUGGGCAGGGCUGUCAGUGCCGGAGGUGAAUAUAAAAGACACCCCCCCAAAAUAAGACCUGGCGCCUCUUUUGGAGGUAAAAAUAAUAAUAAUAAUAAUAAUAAUAAUAAUAAUACCCGGUCUUAUUUGUGAGGAAACAUGGGUAUGUAUGACCUAAGUUCACUCAAAAAAGCUGGUCUCUCAAAAAUUUCAUCUCAAGAUUUUUGGAGUAGCUGUAGGCCUGAUAAGAACAGAGCAAGUCUAAAGACUGAUCUCUUUUUCUGGUCCUUUGGGAUGAUUGCCCUCCAGGUGAACAGAACAGCACAGAAGAAUUAAAUAGCAUUGUUUACUUCUUUACUAAAAGAUAAAGAGUCCUGAAUUCUAUAUAUUAAAACUCUAUUUUAAGUACAUGACUAUAUUUUUGUAAAUUAUAAAUUGAAAUGAUAAAUUAUAGUUAAAUUCCUACUAAAUAGAUGUUUUGUGACAAAAGCACGUACCUAAUAUGCUUUUAAAUUUACAGAUCAGUCGCUUUCCAAUGUAAUCCAAAUCAGGCCAUAUAUUAUGUUUUAUUUUCAAAGCAACAAAUUGAUUACACAGCUGCAAAACUUGCUUUAAUAAAAAGAUUUAUUCAUUCUCUACCCAGCCACCCACAAACUAAAACAUAUUUUCCUCUAGCUUCAAACAUUUCACAAACGUUUCCAUUUUUAUUGAGGCACUAUGAAUAAUUACAUGAAACAACUUUAAAUGUAUCACAUCAUAGACAGGAAGUUUGUGGAUUUUGUGGAAUGCUUCAAUUCAUGUUUAGAUAAACCAUGACAAUAAAAAACAAAUAUUAUUUAAAGAGGCAUAAUUGAAGAAAUAAUACCAUAUAGUAAACCAUCCCUUACAGCUUUCACAACCUUCUGCAAACAAGCUUAUAAACUUUGUUCUUUCAUUAAAUAUGUGUUGGAACAAAAGAAAAAAGAAAAACAUUUUGAUUAUCUGUAGCUAUUGUCACUGUCUUUUGUUUGGUUGAUUGGUCGGUUGAACUUCCAUUUUUCAUGUAACAUUGCCUUAAAGGGUUGAAAAAUCUGAUGUUCAAGCCCUCAUCCUCUGGGAGAGGUCAAAUUAACAUUAAUUCGGCUAGUAAAUUGUGAGAAAAUGUUGCUACUACUUAACAGUAGUUCCCUGCAGCCUGCAACAAAUCCCUUUAGCACUUUUUUUUACACUGUACUGUAUGCAAGAUUACUGUCAAUCAAAAAGUGGAAUGAUUGACGAGUUCCUAAUGGAAAAUGAGUCUUCCCCAAUCUGAUAUCUUUCAGACACGUUGAAAAUUCUUCAACCAGCAUGGCCAUUGUGGGAAUUGAGGACCUGGAUUAGGGAAGCUGAUGUAGACCAAGACAUCUUGAUUACAGUAUUUUUUUAAUACUCUGGAGUUAUGUGGUUUGGUUAAUCAGAUUUGUAAACCAGUGUUGAGAAAGUCUUAUAUCACCGAUUCAUACCAUCACAUGCAUAACAAAGAAAAGAAUCAAAAGAAAUGCAACAUUGCAAAGUAUUCUGCUUCUGAGGAUACAGUCUCAUCUCUAAAGAUCACAGCCUAAAUAUCCCAUUUUUGGUUCCAUGUUAAGUUAUUAAUUAACAAAUCAAUUUUGUAGAAUAAAUGAUCUCCAGACCUGUACUUGCAUGUUCAUACACAGACAAUCAUGCAUAUUUCAUGCUACUUCACCUGAAGAUUAGGGUGUAAUCAGCCAUUUAAAACUCUACUAUAUUUUCCAGAUGGCUCUGUGGAUGAUUGUGGAUGCUUAUUUGUCCAUCAAAUGUAUGUAGCUGCCUACCUCAGAAAUGUGAUUCUGGGCAGUAUACAAUAAAACAGUUAAAAAUAUCUGUAAGCAACAAUUAAAAACAAUUAAAUAUAAAUAUAAAGAUUGUAGGAGAACAGGCCAACGUUCUAUGUAAAUGUAACAUUUUGCAUAGUCCCUGUUUUCCCAAGGCUGCUGGGAAAAAUUUCUGGGAGGCAUCUCUCCGAGUAACAUAAUGCUCCAAGUGACAUAAUGGUCCAAAAUCACAACAGAGCUGGCACCAUAAUAUACGGUAUCCAUUAAAUACUUUGCCUGGUGACUUAAUGGAGUGGAUAGAUAAAACCAGGGAGAAGCAGUUCCACAAACAAUCUGUUCCCAUGCCAUGUUAUGGUUAUAUACACACACAUACUCACACAUACAUAUCUGCAGUGAUGCUGCCAUCUCUUUGCUGUAUAGCGUCAUGCAUGUCUGUGUUGCCAUCUAGUAAAUAGGGUACAGUUUUUGAAGACUUGAGUACACCUAAACCUUCUGGAAGGGACUUAUAAUUUGAGUAUAUCUAAACAUUCCAUGCCAGGUUUAAAGGAACACAUGGGAUCUAGUCAGAUUACUUUGUUAUUAAAUGUGGCAACAUAGAACUGGAAGUGCUAUAAUUCUUCUGAAGGUAUUCUGCUGCAAGUAUUAUCCAAAUUACUCCAUUUAAAUCUCCAAGCAAAUGGGCUAAACCUAGAACAAUCCAUAAGUCCAAUCUGUAUACAGAGAGAGAGAGAGAGACAGACAGACAGACAGACAGACAUAAAUAUAUAGGAAAAUGAAACAAAGGGGACAAAAAAAAGGACUUUUGAGCAGUUUGCUCAAUCUGGGAGACAUAUUUUAUUAUACAUAUCUCAGACCUUUCCUUUUUUUCUUUCAUUUUUCUAUAAUACUAGGUUAACAUAACUAUAUAUACUCUACUAUAUAAUUAUAUAUAGUAAAACCUCAAUUUAACUGGUCUUGAUUUAACAGAUUUCUGAGUUAAUAGAAGAAAUAGAGUUUGGACUUCAAUCAGUUGAGCAUUCAAAUAAUAUAUAAAUAUUUAUAUACUAUAUAAGUUCCUUUAAAUUUUGAAUUAUAUCAUUAAGGAGGUAUCCAGUAAGUGAUUUUUCAAAUAGCACUUGUAGAAAAGUAAAACAAAAUAACCUUAAAUAGGGAAAAUAGUUGAAGAAAUUAGUGGAAAACUUAUUUUAGGGCUUUUUUCUCUUUGUGGUUAUUUUAGCAACACAGUGUGUUCCCAUUCUUGAUAUUAACAGCAAAAAGAUGGAAAGCACAUUUUAAAAAAAGAAUUUCUCCAAAACAAAUUGAAUUAUUCUUGAUUUAUCACUGUAUUAUUACAUUCGGAUAGAGCAACUUACUAUAAAAUUAUGGAACCUAUGAACAAAUAAGGGCAUUUGAAUGAAAUUGUAAUGGAAAAAUCACUAUAUCAUAAAGUCCAUAUUUACGAAAUAGCUUGUCCUAUUAUUUUUUUAAAAAAAUGUAUUAACACAAGAGAGGAGACCCUAAGAUCUGUUUCACUUUGAUUCCCACUGUUUUUAAAUAUUGCUCAGCAAUGUGGAAAUCAGCAUUAUUCUCUAACUGAUAUAAAUGCAACUGCGCACAUCAUUAAGAUUAUGUUCAAGCACUGAAUCAAAAGGUGGCUUGUAAUGAAGUAGAUUGGGCAAGGAAAGUGGGUGAAAGUACAUCAGGGGUCCUGCAAUUCUUCCAAAGGGCCUCAAUUACCUUGAAGGAAAAUUAUACAAAAUAAAAAGAUGAUGAUGGGACCACAUUCAGAAAGGAUAACAACCAGGAGGACACCUCAACUGCUAAAUAAAUAACUAACUUCUUACAGUUCAGAGUUUUCUAGAUGAUGAACUGUGUAACAUUUGGCUUCUUGUGUUUCUUUUCCUGUUUUUCUUUGAUCAAAACAGAGUGUUUACAGGUGACCAUUUACCAUAUGGAAAUGUGUUCCCAUUGUGUUUGUAGCCAUUUGAGAAACUGGUGAUUUUUUAUCACACUGAAAAUAAUAGUAACUAUACUGCUCAGCAAGUUUUGAUCAGAACCCUCUGGAGAAUUUGGAAGGAGGGACGAUGGCUCAAGCAGUUUAUCAAAUGACUGCAAGCACAUGGUCUGGUAUCUGCACUUCUCAUAAAUAGUCCACUGUAUACACUCAUUAUCAAACCGGAAUGUUUUAUUCAGUUGCAUGCUGGAUACUCAUCCUUCAUUUUUAUUUACUAUCUGUCUCCAAAGGUACAUAAGCAGAAGUCCUGUUAUUUUUAAUAUGACUUUGCUUUUUUGACAUACUGCCACUGUAUUAUACUUUGAUCUUUGCUGUUCUGUUAGUAGUCCUUGUACAUCUAUGUUUAAUGUCUAAUUUUGGAGCAUAAAGUUACAUCCUUGUCAGGGCUUUGUCAACUUGGUGGAUUUUUUUUCUCUUUGUUCUGUAAAAGUAAUGCAUGAUUCAUUUACAGUAACAAUUUGAGGGAUGAAAAUUACAUUUCUUAAUUUUAUAAAAAGUAUAAUGUUCUUAUACAAUGAAAAUGUAUGGUGAUUUUAUUUAUAUAGAUCUAGUCUGUGUAAGCAAUUCUGUUCUUAAUAAAAAAAUGAUGUUGUGCCAUUGUAA